UUGAUUGACAGCGUUUGUUUUCCCGCCCACUGUGUGUUAUUACCCAAUCACAGAAGACGUCGAAUUGUUGUCGCGUGUGUUGACAUCGGAGCGAAGCAACCGGGAGAGAAGCUAAGUGCUAGAAACCAACGUAACAAGAUGGAGGUGGAGCAGCUCCUGUCUCUGUCAGGCUCGGCUCUGGCCCAGGCUGUCAGCUCUCUGCUGGAGACUCCGGGCCUCUAUGUUUUCUCUGACAUCCUGGAACUGCCUAAUGUCAGAGAGCUGGAGAAUGGCCCUCAUGCACCAGUGUAUCAGCUGCUGAACCUCUUCGCCUAUGGAACCUACUGCGACUACAAAGAGAGAGCGGCCUCUCUUCCAGAGCUGACCCCAGCACAGAGAAACAAACUCCGUCAUCUGUCCAUCAUCAGCUUGGCUUCCAACCUUAAGUGCCUGCCAUACUCGUUGCUGCUUCAGCAGCUCGAGCUAAAGAAUGUGCGGGAGCUGGAAGACCUGUUGAUUGAAGCGGUUUACUGCGACAUCAUCCAGGGCAAGCUGGACCAGAGGAACCAGCAGGUGGAGGUGGACUGCAGCGUAGGUCGCGACCUUGGCCCUAACGAGCUCCCAAACAUAAUCAACACACUGCAGGAGUGGUGUACAGGUUGUGAGGCAGUUCUGUGCGGCAUCGAGGAGCAGGUCUCGAGGGCGAACCAGUACAGAGAGAACCAACUAAAGGUCAAAGUUCAAGUGGAAACAGAGGUCUCAAACCUACAAAAAACGUUAAAGGCCAGCGCCGCGUCUCCAUCCUCAGGCCCCGCCCCUGCCGGAGCAGCAUCCAAUCAGGACGCUGACCAGCCUGCAGAGCCACGAGACCCCGCCUCCUCUCAGGAACCACGACAACCAGGCAAAAAGGCUUCGAAGGUUAAAGGGCUGCGUGGGAGUGGAAAGAUCUGGUCCAAGUCCAACUGAGGAAGAGAGAUUAGGAUGCGAGGACAGCCGCACUGAUGGACACUCGCUAAUUUACGGACAGAUACUUAAAAACAAUGCAAGCCACUAUUCUUGGAGACCCACCUCUGCAGAUCAACCACACUUCUUCAGUGGAAAUUUUGUUAACAAAUCUACUGUCUACAGAUUCAGAAAUAAGCGCCUGGGGGAUGAAUGAAGCAGCUGUGACGUCCGCUUCUGCACAGACUUUCAAUGUAAAUAAAAGCACUUGAAACACACGAGGACAGAAUCGUCUGCAGUAGGAGUCAGUUGCCUUUGACCAGAAACAGGAUCAGUGUAUUUAAAGUUUAUGUUUUUGUCUGUAUCUUUUGGUUUAGAUAAAUUUUCAGCUGAUUUGUUGUUGUUUUUUCUUCUCUCUGCUGGGUUAAAACUUGUAUAAAAUCAAAUUAUAAGUUGUUGGAAAAUAAAAAGAAGCUUGCUAUUCA